AUGGCAGGUGUGGAGGAGCAAAUUGAAGAGGACUUGCCAUCUUACAAAGUCACCUCAACCGUGGUCGAUGCCAAUGGUCCUGGUGAUGGUGUUUCAACCAGAGGACAUUUUGGUAACAUGUCCAAGCAAGCAUUCACAUCAACGUGUCCUCCGGUUCUUGGACAGCACAAUGUGAAUAAGGGCCAUCGCAAUGGGAGUCAGGCAAAGGCGGCUUUUUCAUCGACUUGCCCACCAGUCUUGGAUCAUCAUCGCCAUCAAGAUCAUACCCACGAUGAAGGUGAUUUAAUCGAAAAAAAACCAUAUGAGUUGGAGGAUUCUUUCGACGCGGCGAACGAGUCAUCCAGCAAGGACAUGCUGGAUGACCACGAGCCCUGUCAAAUCGCCUUCUCCUUCACCAUUCAAGCAAGAAGCAAGGACUACUAG